AUGGGCAAGUUCAGAAGGAAGCUCAUUGAUGCACUCAAGAAGGUCACAAGGGCUAUCACACCACCUUUCGGAUCUCCUACAGAGAAUCAAAAAAACCCGCGUCAUACUGAUAAGAAUCAUAGCGAUGAUGGCUUCGACUCGAACCUAGUCGGGGUCACCAUCCACAAUCUUAGCCAGGGUAGCACCAUCCAUGAACAAUUGGACCACUGCGAUGAGAGCAAUCAGUGCCAUGACAUUGUAGCCGCCAAACUCAUCAAAACAGCGGUUUCAUGCCUUUCUCUUUAUGGCCACAACUGGCCACAUGGAGUUAAUCACACGGAUGUUGAUGAUGGUGACAUCAUCUCGCAUACACGCAGUUGCUAUCUCGGUGCGAAUGAACAUGGGGGGAACAGCCAUUCACCCCAACACUUGGGGGCUCAACCGCCGCACCGAUCUAAUAGAUCCCCAGCCACAAUCCCGAAUGCCGCCAAGGUCCUGCCCUACAACGGAGCAAUAAUGGUGGUGGAUAGGGAGGUGGUGGGUGAGGAGGUGGCACCAGAGGGCACUCUACCAAUGGAGGGAGUCACGAAAUCAACGAGGCUAAUGAUGAUUCAGGGAGUAGCUAUUGCUCUUACAGUGAGGGCGAUGCCCAUCACGACGGGAGAAAACCCAGGAACUGACCCAAACCGGCGCCACACGUCACCGAGGUUGAUCCCUAUGACUUGGUAG